UAUACAGUGACAGGACGAGCGCGCGAAAAGCAACACAGAUUAAACAAUUCCACAUUUGAUAGUUUAAAAAGUAGCGAAUAAUACUCGUGUUUCGUCGCCUCUUUGGGAUCUUAUCAAAACUGAUAAAGAGGCCAAGAUCGUGUGGAAUUUAGUGAUUAUUACAUUGGUGAUAGUAAAUUGUAUAGUUUUUUGUUCAUUCAGUGUUAUUAUAAUUAUAUUGGCCGUGUUAUUUGAAUAAUAUUAUUUAUGCAUCAUUAGAGAUCGAGGAGGUUAUGCAGCAGAGGGCGCCACUGGUGCCUGACAAGUCACAACCGCUCUACACAAGUUCUACAGCAUCGCGCAAGGGUUUAUCAGCAAAUUUUUUCAAAGCAACCUUCAGUUCUCGCAGCAAGGCAGUGCCUGCUUCAUCUUUAUACGCAGUUGAAGCAACUAACAAAAUAGGCAGCGCCGAGACCAAACCUGUUACUAGGAACCGACCCCGGACAGCUCCAGUCGAGACGAAACUCAAACAGAGGAAAGCCGACCGACAAGCGCUUGUUCUGAAACCAGAAAACUCGUUGGAUCCGGCUAGACCACUUAGAAACAAGCCUACAACUCCUACAUCGGCUGUGGUUAGCGGGCAAAAAGCACCGGAUAAGAAUAAAAAUGACUUGAAACCAACUAAUGUGGUGCUUAAAAUAAUUAAAAAGACACCUGCGCCACAAAAGCAUUUCGCGCCAAGAACACCUGACAGCGUCUUGCCGCCAAAAACACUUGACAGCGUCUUGCCGCCAUCUUUGAAGCCGAAAAUACCCGAGAAAGCGAAGCUGUCAAAAUCGAAGUAUGUGAAUAACAAUAGCAUUUGGUUAAACGCUAAUACCGACAGGAACACGGAGGAAGGUCAAGAAAUAUCUGUCAGAGGACCAAGCCAAGGGAAGCAGGAGGGGACCCUGAAAGGAGCACCGUCCGUCUCCAGCCUCGAUUCGAAACACCACAAAGUAACACCAGCUAGGGAUAAGAGCCUGAAGGUAUUUGGCUCGAAAGAGAAACUGAAUAAGGCGCACAAGAAGAAAGAGCUGAGUAACAAUAAUGCAGUGCUCGAAGACCCUGAGUUGAGGGAGGGAUUUGAAUAUGACGAGGCGCCCGUGCAGGCUCAUGAUUAUGGGAGUGUGGAAGAGCUUGGGGCUGGGUCCGUAGACGGGAGAGGCUCGCAGGAGUACAUCAGUUUGCCCGUGAACCUGAAUGCUGAGCACAUGUCGGGCUUCCAAGACGUCGAGCUAAGGCCUAGAUUGGCAUCAGAGGCAUCCUUAUCGACAGGGCUGCGAGAGAUAGAGUCAUUGAGGAGGGAGUUGGAAGAGAGUGCAAUGGAGAGAGCGGCUCUGCAGGCAAGAGUAGAUGAACUGACGGAGAAGGCUAACGAGGCGGACAGACUCCGGGCAGACCUCGACAGGCUAAAGGUCCAAGAAUGUGAACGAGAAGCGGCCCUGGAGCGGUUGGCGGACGAGAACGGCGCUCUCCGCGCUAGGCUCCGCGGCGUGGCUCACUCUCCUCUCUCCGACAGUGAGAAACGACAGCUGCUGCUGGCACCCGCUCCGAGGCGCAUGCACUCCUCAGCACCAGCGUCCAUAGCGCUGGCACAUAAUGGUGAGGGCGACAGCGGUGAGGCCAGCACUCCGGAAUGGGACAAGCACUCGUCCUCUUCCCUCAGCGAGGUCUCCGUCGCCUGUCUUCAGGACAGGAUACUGCAAAUGGAGGAGCACCACUAUAGUACGAGUGAAGAACUGCAGGCCACUCUGGCUGAACUUGCCGACUUGCAGUCGCAACUUGCUGACGCGCACGCCGACAACGAGCGACUCGCCGACGAGAAACAAGUCCUACUCGAGUCCUUGUGUCGGCAGACUGAGAAGUUGGAGGACAGCAGGACUAAGGUGGACACCCUUCAAGAGCUGCUGCUCUGCGAAGGAAUUGAGCCCGACUCCCUCGUCCCAGGCGACACCAACCAACAACUGUUAGCAGUGCUCAAGGUCUCUCGAGAGGAGCGGCUGCUACUGCUGAGUAAACAGGAGCAGUUGGAAGCUGAGCUAAGAGAAGCCAAGGCGGCUGUGGAGGACAAGAACAAAGAAAUUGAUGCGCUCAACGAUAGAAUUAGGAGUUUGGAGAGCGCAGCAGAACGCGCGGAAGCGGAGCGGGCGCAGUGUGAAGGGGAAGCAGCAGCCGCGCGGGAAGUGGCCGCGGCCAGGCAGCACCAGCUCACCACACUCACUGACCUGCUCGACGCUGCCAAGGCCAAGUUGUCGGCACAGCUGGCGGGUGCGGCGGAGGGUGCGGCUGCGGCGGAGGCUGCGGCGACGGCUGCGGCGCGGCGCGAGGCCGAGGCGGCGGCGGCGCGCGCUCACUCGCUGGCGGAGCGACUGGCGCACGCGCAGCGGCAACUGGACCGCGCGCACUGUGACGCGCGGCGCCUGCACGACGACGCGCUCGUGUCACGCAACAACGCCAAGUCCACGAUAUCCGAGCUGGAGUUCCAGCUGGAGCAGUUGCGGCAGGAGAAGGCGGCGCUGCAAGCCGAGCUGCAGACCUUGCAGGAGAACACCUCCGAGCUGCAGAUACAGGUUCAAGUGGCAACAGAUGAGAAAUUGGCGCUGAUGAGUCGCGCGGGUGAAGCCCUGGCCCGGUCUGCGGACUUGGAAAGACAGCUGCAAGAUGUGAGGGCUAGGAAUGUGCAGCUCACCAGAGAUAGAGAAAGAGAUGAAGCAGAGUGGAAACAAUUCCAAAGCGAUCUACUCAUGACAGUACGAGUCGCCAAUGAUUUCAAAACCGAAGCGCAGCGGGAAUUAGAAAGGCUUGUGUCUGAAAAUAAGAUCGCAAGAGAUCGCAUCCGACUCUUGGAAGAUCAAAUGCAUUCAAUGAAAGGUUUAAGAGACGGUGCAGAGAAUAUUGCGAAUUUGGACAGUGAUAACCUUUCCGACAGUUUUGAUGGUGAUGAGACAACGAAUGAUAUGUCUUCGAAAGAUAUAUUUCAAAAUAUACGAUCACGAUAUCUCUCGCGCGUGCAUAGUGUUACUGAUGUAUCUAAGGACAACAGUAUAGUGGAGCAGGCAUUUUAUAUAAACAGUUCUAUCAGAAAAGACGAUGAAUCUAACGAAAGUCAUAAAAUGUCCAUAGAAAAUGUUACGUUGGAUGAAUCUAAUGAUGAUGAAAAUUUGGAUGAUGCAGUAAAAAGUUCUGUACAGAUCGAUGAUAGACAUACUCGGAAUAUUGUAUCUAAACCUCUUAAGCGGCAAAAUGCUAUUUAUAUCAGAAAUAGUAACUUAAUGCGACAGAGCGCAAUCGACGAAAAUCUCACAAGUAUAAACAGUGAAUCGUCUUUAGUAUAUAGAUCAUCUGAUUCUGAAUAUCUUAAAAGAGCCCCUCAAAGAUCCAUCUUUAGCAAAAACCCUUCAAAUUUAUUUCGUGGUAAACCAAAAUCUUUUAGCAUGGACAAUCUCUACUCCGACGGAGUGUUUAAAGAUACUCUUAGCGAGUCGACUAGCAUAGAAUUUCUUUAUCGAAAUAGCAAUAAGAGUGACAGUACAUUGUUUUCGCAGUCUUCUGAUAAUAUUUCAAUAUCACCAGUUCAAAAGGAUUUGGCUCGUGAAAUAUAUAAAGAUGAAAGUCCACCACUUACAAUGGAAACCGUAAAACCUUAUAAAAAGUCUAAAAUAUGUGAAUUUAUGACUAAUAUAUCAGAAAUUAAAAGUGAAUCAUCCUUAUUCCAAUCUGCUCCCUAUUCUACAAAAGACGACAAACAUUAUUUAACACCGCACAAUUCAGUAUUUGUAUCAGAUGAAAAAGUCGAGAAUGAUUUAAAAAAAAUUAAUGAAGAGCUAAAAGUUUCUUUUAAAUUAGCAAUUGACAGGUUAGAUAAUAAUAACUUUGAACCAAAAAAUUUUAGUUCUGAUACACUUGUUUCUAAAGAUAAUAAUAUACUCGAGGUACCUUUACGUCCUGAAAGACGCAAAAAGUUUGGGUCACAAACAUCUUUAAAUUCUCAAAAUAAUACUGAACAAGAAGAACCAUUUAAAGCAAUCGAUAACAAUGACAAUAAAAUAAAUCUUCCUCUAGUAAAUAAUAAUAUAUCACUAUCUGAAAAUGAAAAAUCAAUUAACUCGCCGAUCGAUAAUAAUGUAAGUUAUCAUUUGAAAAUAAACACACUAAGUGACCUAACGACAAAUAUAACAACAGGCAUUCCACAAGUACAACAAACAAGCACAAGUAAAGUUAAUAAAAUCAAAUUUCCAACAAUUUUAGCUCCAUUGAGUGUAGUUAAAUCAGAUAGCGGUCAAACAUCUCCUUUAUUAUUGAGUCCUGUAUUAAUACGGCCUAUAUUCUUUCAAACUAGUCAAACUGGGUCAAGUCCGGAGUUGAAACCUGAAACCGGAAAAAAGACAACUAUUUAUUAUGAUGAUACCGACAAAGUGAUCACUCCAAAAUCUGAUAAAUCAGAAGAAAAAGACCAUUAUAAAUAUAUAGAACAACCUUCAAAUUCAUUGGCAAUCACCACUAAGAAGGGCUUAUAUGAAAAGAAUAAUAAAUCGAAAGCCCUUCCUUUCAAUUCCAAGUCUGUUUCGACGGAAUCAAUAAGCAGCAAAUCAUCAUCACUCACUAAUGACCCUCCAAAGCCUGUCGCUAGAUUGUCAAAAUCACCAGAUUGGUUAAUAGAAAAUCAGUACUACCAGCCCAUACAAAAUGUACCUUUCGUGAUAAAUACAGUACAGAUUUUUUCAAAACCUCAGUCGCAGAUGAAAGAAUUAAGCGAACAACAAAACCAUUUAAGCCAAGAAAAACCACAUUAUAUUUGUGAUCAUCGAGAAUCUGAAAAUUAUUAUGAAGAAAUUGAUCAACCAGUUUCUAGUUCUAGAAAUGACCUUAAAAAUAUAGCAGACGAUGAAAAGAUAUCCAAUAACGUAUCCUUAGAUGAAUUUGAAAUAGAGCGCAAUGAAGUGUUAAAAGUUCCUCGAAAACCGAAGCGACCCAAAACGCAAGUAAGACAAUCUCUACAAAACAAUAAUCAAUCUGAUAUAGUCAAAGAAAUGGCGCCUAUAACCAGAUCUAUAAUAUCCCUAUCGCGGUCGCCUAGCGCUAGCAGUCUUACAAAACCUACAGUUACAAAGAGUAUUGAGAAAAUUCCACAAUCAGGAGUAGAUUUCGAUGUUCCACAACGAAAACUCUCGUUGGAAAGCCAACGGGUAACUGUUACAGAUAACAUAAACACAGGAUCUCUACCAAGGGAUAGAAAAACGUAUCACUGGACGACGCUGGAGCAUAAAAGGCUAUCACAUCCUAUUAGAUCGCUUAGCGAUACUUCGAGAACAUUACCAAUGCCACCGCGAUCGGAAGAAACGUCUUCGACUCCGCCAUUGUUGUCGAGCGCGUCUUUGCAAGACAUUAUGGCGUCCGCAGCGUCGCAUCGAAGAACAAAAGGUGUAAAUCGCCAGGACUCCCGGCUGUCUGUGAAGUCGCUAAUUGAGAGUAUAGAGAACGCAGCCAAGGCGGCGAAGCAAUCACCCGCCACUACGCCAGUGACGGAGUGGCCUCAGGUGCAGUCAACUGUUGGCGUUGCCACCAACAACAACAGUAUAAAGAACGGUAUCACCGAGCCCCCCACCACCAAUGGGAUCCAGACCGGCAACUUCACCAAGCCACCGACACCCAGGAGCAGAACCUCACCCAAUACAGAGCCGUGCGGUGCGGGCGCGGGGGCGACCGCAGGCAGCAUGGCGAACAUGCCCGACGAGCAACGAGCGCUCGCCUCUCUACAGCAGAAGGCCAUGGAGUCCUUUGUGCGGAGAAACAGCUACGGGGAUAUAUGUGAACGAAAGGAUCCUUUGAACACGCUGCAGAUAAAGAACGGUGGCUCCAAACGUAACGCGCUACUGAAGUGGUGUCAGCAAAAGACCCUAGGCUACAACAAUAUAGACAUCACCAACUUUAGUUCAUCAUGGAACGACGGACUAGCCUUGUGCGCUCUACUGCACUCGUACCUCGGAGAGGGGAGAAUCCCCUACGCCACUCUGACUCAGCACGACAAAAGGACCAAUUUCUCCGUUGCCUUCGCAGCUGCGGAGUCUGUCGGUAUCCCUACCACCCUGAACAUCCAAGAUAUGAUCCAGCAGGAGCGUCCAGAUUGGCAGCAGGUGAUGGCCUACGUCACCAGCAUUUACAAACACUUCGAGACCUAACACUUCCAGGGCUAAUGGCCAUGGGACUUUCAUAUUAUAACUUAAACUUUAAUGGGUUGAGUCAAACAACACAAUUAUUAUAAUGGCCGGAUAAUUUGAUAAAGUUUCCCAAAAUAAAUAUUUUGUUUCGUCAAUAUAAACAAUCAAAUUACUCGUUUACUCAAAUUUGUCAAAAUGAUCAUUACAGUGCCAUCGUUCUACCAUUUGUUUACACUUGUGUAAUAGUCCAGCUUAAGGCUAAAAGCUAACUCUACACGCAUCAGAUUACUGGGAUAUCAGAGUGUAUUAUUUCUGGGUGCAUUUUAGGAGCGAAUAUUCGUUGCUGUAGCGAUAUUUUAUAAUGUCUAAUUCUGGUUUUACAGUCACCUUGGAAACCGGUUAGAACUAACUAAUAAAAAAAUUGUUUGCUCCAUAUAUUCUAAUAGCAAUUAAUAUACUUUAUUCCAAGAAUAACAUUCCAUUCGUGAUUAAUUGAUCUAUUUGACAAAUUGACGUAAACAAAUAAUAAUUCGAUGAGUAGUUAAUAAUAUGUUCGCUAUGUGUGACGCGCCCUUUAUGUAAUAUUAAAAUAAGACAUUCCUUCUAAGUAAAGUCUGUUUAUGUCGUGAUGCCUUUAUUCGGCCUUUGAAUGUUGUACUUGUGCGUUUAAGGAAUUGAUAAAGACUGAUUGCUAGAUUUGUUAGUGGCUGAUGUUGCGGAGAACAGGGGUUGUAAACAUUUUUGAUAUUUAUUAUAAAAUGCUUAAGGUAAUUGUAUCUUAUUUUGGAUAUGCGUCAAAACUUUACCCGCAAAUAUCUAGAGCAUAUAUAUAGUAGUAGUUUUUCAAUUCAAUUGGUCGGUAUUAUUCUCUUCGGAAUGAGGAUUCAAAUAUGUAAGAUGUAAAAUGAAAAAUAUCGUGAAGAUUUUAUUAAAAUAGACCAAAAGUGUUUCUGCUGUUAAUAAACUUGAACUGCAUUAGAUUGUGUACACAUUUGUUAAAUAUUUAAGAUUAUAAUUAUGUGUGUAAUAUAGUAUAUGUAUGUAAUUUGUUCUUCCAUCCAUUGUGAGUAGUCACCAAAGACUUCUAUGUAUACUACUAGACAAGAAGGUUGGAAUAACAAUUGUGUUGCAAUUUUAUCGUCCGGGCGGGCAGAGAGCGGAGCAGGGAUGGUGAAUAUGCCUUGCAAACGCAGAUGUAAUAAUAAUGCCAAUAUUUUAUUGGCUCACUUAAUUCACUUUAAACAAAAUUGGUGUUAGUUUGUUGAAAAUAACGUUCACGGCUUACAAAGCAGUGCACUGGUCUUCUCGCUUGCUCACAGUGGUCUAAACGAGUUGCGGCCUCUGCACCAAAACUCAGUGAGCAAUUAUUUUAGACCACAGAGCUUGUCUAGUAGUAUUCAUAGAAGUCUUUGAAAGUCACUUAGUUUAUUCAGUAUGUUUUCCUAUAGCCACAUUGUGAAUUUAAUUAAGUUUAUUUACCGUCACUCAAAAUGUUGUCAGCCCCUGGAGUUUGUGAUUUAUGAUGUAGAAUGUGAACGUCCCUAUAUUUAUGAACAAUCAUGAAAUAUUUUGUCUAAUCUUAGCUUUAUUAAAGCGAUAUAAAUUUUUGAAUGUUUUAUAAAGCGUUCGUGAACUUAAAGACCAAUAAAAGUGGUUUACUCUUACAGCCGCAGAGAGGCUCAAAGCUUACCAUAAUAUCGAGAGUAGGUAGUCGGAAAACGCCCAAUUACAUUAUUUUAUCUAAGCUUAUCAACCAGGAUAACAUAUUAAUAAAUUAAAUUUAUAGACGAUGCGCGAUUUGAACUUCUGCCUCUAAGAAUACGCCCAAGUGCUCUAACCCGUUGUAAGCCAACCGUCUGGAUCUUGUAAAUCUUGGUAUGUUUGCUCUAUCCAGUUGUGCCUUCAUUGAGACUAUUUGAGAGUUGAUAAGCAGCUCAAUCCCAAUAAUCGCAAAUUAUUAAAUUCCCAUUAUUAGAAAAUUGAAUACAUAAUUUGUAUAUUUAAUCCCAGAAGUGAUAGAAAUCAUUAAAAGAAUCACACACUCUUAACAUAUUUAUUUUCACUCAUUUUAAUAUCUAUAUAUCGAAAUACCCUCGUUAACUCGUAACUUAAUAUCUUAAUAUUGCUUAAUAUUAGUCUUGUUAAUGUUAAUGGUUUGAUCUUUAUUUACUUCGCAGCCGGAUUAUUGUUUUUAUGACCCAAACACAUGGUCGGAUUUUUUUCGACCGGACCAUCGGAUGGUCCAGUUGGGCCGCCUCUCACCAACUGGUCCGGCGUCGUGCUCGCGAUACGGUCCGGACGGUAAUAAUAAUAAUUUUGUGCGAUGGACAAUGUGACAUACCAUCGUAUAUACUAACAGACCGCGUCCGAUAGUUCGGCCGUACUAAGUUCGAUCAUGUGUUUAGGCCAUAACUUGUCGUGGAUGUCUUAAAUAAGGUACGUGAUUUAAAUGUAAGUCGUUAAGUGAAGAAGCUUUAGCUUUAAACGAAUUUAUAGCCGAAAUUAUAUCUUAUAUGAUUCUGAAAUUUUUUGAAAACUUCUAAAGUUUUGCGCCUGAUAUGACAUAGUGAGUAAAUACUUUUGCUAAAUCUAUUGGUCAAAUAAGUAUGCAUGUGCUGUGUUUCAUUCUAAACUUGAAUGAAGAGAGAGCUAUACGUAUUCUAGAACAUUCUAUGGAAUAAUCUUGCAUUUUUUUUUAAUAUUUUGACGUUAAAAUUUUUGAGGUGGGCAAACAUUUAUAAUAUUUAAUGUCUGGUAUACAUCAAGGCCUCUAAAAAUCAGGACAAUAUAAUAUGGUCCAUUUUUCGUCAUUGUAUUGUCACUUAAUUUGUUGUUAGAACAAACGAAUAUUCAGUUUUAUUUUGUCUAGUGGCAAUUUAAAAUACGAUAACAAUCGUAUUUUAAACAGCUGGUAACAACCAGCGUUCCAGCAAUUUAAAAUAGCUCCAGCAAAAGAAACAGUAACACGGCGCGUCAUUACUUUGUACGUCCGUGUGUUGUGGAGUCUGGUUGAACUAUGUUUUGAUAGUUAUCUCGUGUACUGAUGAGCGACGCUAAUGUUUGUAAUGUUAUGAUAUUGUGGUGGUUGUUGAUGCUAACGCUAAUUAAAAUGAUAUAUUUUCUGAUAGUAUCUGUAUUAUUGUAAAUAUAAUUUGAUUAAAGUUCCUGAUAUUU